AUGCGUAGUGCUAUGAGUUCUAUAAAGAGUCCCACUGGGAUACAUCCCCAUAGCAACCCACUUAGCGGAUCUGGGACCACCUCGUCAUCAACAUCCAGUGUCCACAAACCAAGUAGCAAGCAGCUUCAUAGUGGAACGGCACUGUCCAACCAUGCAACUACUCCUCUGACCCCCACCAUUACAACUAGUAAUCAUGGCCAUCCCGUGGGUGGCCACUCAGUUGGUGGACAUUCAAUUGGAAGCAACCCACAAUCCUCAUCUAAAUUGUACCACACUGCGCCUUCAUCCGCUGUACCCUCACAAACAUCCUCAACUCGUAGGAUCUGGAUCAAAAGAGUAGGCGGUACUCCAACGACGCUCACAGUUACCAAAUCAGACAUAAUCGAUGACUUGAAGUCAUUGGUACUUCAAAAAUUCGCUAAUUCUCUUGGAAGAAGCUUCGACUCUGCAGACCUCAUUUUAAAAAUGGACUUACUGUCUAGAGUGCCCACGAAUAUCAAUUCAAGUAACGCUAAGAAGAGUACCACAAUUGGCUCAGGAAGCUCCGGAAAAUUGUCACCUGAACCGCCUAGAAGCCGAGCUUCUUCAAAUUUGAGCAACCAUCCUAAUAGAAGCUCAAACACCAUCAAUAACAACGUCAACAACAACGCUAAUAAUUACUCCUUUAUUAACCUUGAGCCUGAUCAAAACGUAUGGACUAUUUUGGAGCAGUAUUACCCUCAUGGAAUGGGAAUGUCUGAAUGUCUUAUAGUUGAUACUCCAGAUCAACCUGAGAUGAUAUACGGUCAACUUCAACCAGCCGACUUCGGCUUGCAACAGCGCCACUUACAAUAUGGGAAUUACGACCAUUCUCAGCUCCAGCCCCAACUCCAGCAACAACAGCAGCAACGACUGCAAAUUCAAUCAACAGGACAAGAGCACCAGACAUCAUCCCACUUAGUUAAACCUCCGGCCUUCCCCGUUGAUCAGAGCAACAGUACUGCCAAUCUGUCUGCUGGCAACACUCCACUUUACUAUCAGCCAAAACCACAAAACCUUUAUUUGAACAAGUCUCUUGCAAGUGGCAGUCAGGGAAGUAAUUCCAUACUCGAUUCCAUCGGUAAGGACAGGUCUAUCUCACCCUCAACUUUGAACGGUACUUCACCUCUGGGACACCACAGAAGGGCGCACUCUAACCCACCUCAAUCUCCCUUACACUACACCGGUAACCAACAUCAUAGUAAUAACAGCAAUAAUAAUAGCUCCAGUAAUUCAAAUCCUAACCAAGCAAUUUUGCUUUUGCCGAAGAAUUUUUCAUUGACCUCAGGAAAUUCUUCAGUGUCUCAAGAUAAUAACAACAACAGUUCAGAUAAGAAGAGGAUGUCAUUUGAUGACGGCUACUUGAGAAGAAAUAGGAAUUUAUCUCUUAAGCCAAGCCAUCUGGGAACCAACAUCACCAAUAUAGGCAUGGGAAUCACGUCCCCAACUUCAAAUAAUCUGAUAUCUUAUGUGUCUAUUCCUGAGAAUGGUAAUUUCAAAAGCCCAGAUCAGCUUGAAUUCAGCAAGAAGUUGAAUGAUACAGAAACCUCAGAGAAAGACACUAAAUCUCUUCAACCGAUAAAGAAUCCCCUGGUAAAAGAGCAGACUGACUCUAACAAGGAAGCAAAGGCAUCUAAACCGGGUAAAGCGGAAGAAGAACAGAAGAAGUUAUCGCUGGCACAACUGGCUAAGGAGAAUUUGACUAGCGAUAAUUCACAAUCGAAAAAUGGAGUAAAGGCUUCAAAACCAGCUACUUCUUCCACUUCAAAGUCAAGUAACCUUCUUAGCAUCCAAGCAUCAGAUUCAAAGAGCAAUCUCCAUACCAAUAGCAAUAAUAAUUCUAACAGCAAUCAAUUCAAUGUGAAGCAACAAUCUAAAUCGACAACAGAAAGAGUACUUCCAUCCAUCUCUGUUUUAGUGGUGGAAGAUAACGCAAUCAAUCAGGCAAUUUUGGGAGCCUUUUUAAGAAAACAUAAAAUCCAUUAUCAAAUUGCUAAGAAUGGACAAGAAGCAAUUGAUAAAUGGAGACAAGGUGGGUUCCAUUUGGUACUUAUGGAUAUUCAAUUGCCCGUAAAAUCGGGUAUAGAAGCAACCAAAGAGAUUAGAUAUUUGGAGAAGAUCAAUAGAAUUGGUGUUUUCGCAGAGAAUGAAUUAAUUAAUAGCCACUAUUCUUCAAAUCCUGAAUUAAAACGCGAAGAGUAUUUAGAUUUGAAUGUUUUCAGAUCUCCAGUUAUCAUUGUUGCGUUGACAGCUUCUUCAAACUCUUCAACUGAUAAGAAGAAGGCAUUGAUGGCCGGAUGUAAUGAUUACUUGACAAAACCAGUGAAUUUGGUCUGGCUACAGAAUAAAAUCACAGAAUGGGGAUGUAUGCAAGCUUUAAUUGAUUUUGAUGGUUGGGAUAGGAAGCGUGUAACCAAUAUUGAGAAAAAGACGCCAAAAGCUCAUACCCCAAGGACAGAGAAGGGAGUCCUUCUAGAAGCACCAGUUCAAAUCACAACAAAUUAG